ACUCCUGCUCCCAUUCUGGUGGUGCGACUUGUUCGAUUCUCUGCCAUUUUCUCUGCUGAUGUUCUGUUGCUCAAUGCUUUGGGUCCUCAACUGAUACCCAACUCCUCAAAUCCCUGAACUGAUCAAAGUAAUCUGGGCUCGAUUCAAAGACAGGAACAUGGGAACCUUGGGUAAAGCAUUCUACUCUGUUGGGUUCUGGAUCCGUGAGACGGGCCAAGCCCUCGAUCGCCUUGGCUCCCGUCUUCAGGGAAACUACUACUUCCAAGAACAGCUGUCUAGGCAUCGGACUCUCAUGAAUGUAUUUGACAAAGCUCCUGCGGUUGAUAAGGAAGCAUUCGUAGCCCCUAAUGCAUCAAUAAUUGGCGAUGUUCAGGUUGCGGGGUCUUCCAUAUGGUAUGGAUGUGUCCUGAGAGGUGAUGCUAACAGCGUUAGUAUUGGAUGUGGAACCAAUAUACAGGACAAUUCUCUUGUCCAUGUGGCAAAGUCAAAUUUGAGUGGGAAGGUCUUACCAACUAUCAUUGGAGAUAAUGUCACUGUAGGUCAUAGUGCUGUAUUACAUGGAUGUACUGUUGAGGAUGAGGCAUUUAUUGGCAUGGGUGCUACCUUGCUUGAUGGGGUAUAUGUUGAGAAGCAUGCCAUGGUUGCUGCUGGAGCCCUUGUUAGGCAGAAUACCAAGAUCCCCUAUGGAGAGGUUUGGGGAGGUAAUCCAGCAAGGUUCUUGAGAAAGCUCACAGAAAAUGAAAUGGCCUUCUUCGCUCAAUCAGCUUUAAAUUACGCCAAUUUGGCUCAGGCUCAUGCUGCUGAAAAU